AUGCCUCGAAAGCGCUGGAUCGACAAGAACAACGCACAAACCUUCCAACUGCUCUACCGCCCACAAACCGACCCUGCCCUACAUGAUGAAGCUGCCGGCGAGCGGGCACUUUACCAGGUCUCUGGACGUGGCGCUUCGUCUUCGUACAAGCCCGAAUUCAAGGAAGGUCUACACUUGACCGACUUAGAAAAUGAUCUGGACUUCGAGGACAUGCGUGAAAAUGAGGGCGAGGCCGCAGAGUACGGGAUUUACUUUGACGACACCAGCUAUGACUACAUGCAGCACUUACGAGAUAUUGGUGAAGGCGAGGGAGAGGCACAUUUUGUUGAGUCAGUACCCGUCAGACUUCAGGGCAAGGGCAAAGCCAAAGCCAAGACAAUGAAGUUGGAAGAUGCACUGAGAGAAUUGUCGGUCGAUGAUGGCCAGAGUGUGGCAGGAAGUGAUAUGUUUUCAACAUUCUCGACUUCGACGAGGCCGAAAACGUACCAGAACCAGCAGGAAGUACCGGAUGAGAUCGCCGGGUUUCAGCCCGAUAUGGACCCGAGAUUGAGGGAGGUGUUGGAAGCAUUGGACGAUGAUGCUUAUGUAGAUGACAAGGACGAGGACGAUAUCUUUGCUGCCCUCACGAAAGAUGGCCGCAAUGGGGAGCUUGACCUGGAGGACUUCGAAGCGAACUAUGUCGAGGAUGAGGACGAGGGUUGGGAAUCAGACGUCACAGAAAAGGCACCUGGGCAGCCCUCUGAGUUGAAACUCACGCCAACCGUCCCAGCGACAGAAGACGGCCACCAUGUGGAUGAAUUGCCGGCGCCGGAUGCAGAGGCAGCUGCAGCAGAAGAUGGAGACUGGUUGCGAGAUUUUGCCAAAUUCAAACGGGACAAUGCACGAAAAGCGCCGCCCAAAGCCGCAGAAUCGAUCAUCGCGGCCUCGGCUAUCCAGGAUAAAGCACCGACUUUGUAUACCUUGAACGGCACUCCUCUGCGGCAGAAGAAGCGCAAGGGAGCUUUGACAAACCCCAGCUCCUACUCCAUGACGUCUUCCUCUCUCGCGCGGACCUCCGGCCAGCAAUUGCUCGAUGCUCGAUUCGACCAAGUGGAAAAGAUGUACUCGCUGGACGAGGGCGAAGAAUUCGAUGACAUGGAUGGUGGAAUGUCGUUAGCUUCGGGGAUGACGGGUCGGUCCAAGAUGUCGCAGCUCUCCACCACCAGUUUUGCAGACGAAGGGGCCGUACGAGAGGAUUUCGACAACAUGAUGGACGGCUUCCUUGGAGACUGGAACAAAGCAAACCCCGGGGGUGGGAAACGAAAAGGGGCCAAAGGCAAACGUGGAAAGAACGGUAAUGAGAAGUACGGUCUCCAACAGCUGGAUGAAGUUCGCGCGGAACUGGGGCCUGCAAGGAUAUACCGGCGCACGACAAAAGCAUGA